AUGUCUCAACAAAACCUCUCCAUCGUCCUGGCCGAGCGCCCCAAGGCCGAGAUCGUCCCCGGACAGACCUUCAAGUCUGAGCAGAAGCCCGUCCCCAAGGCCGAAGACCUCAAGGAUGGCGAGAUCCUGAUCGAGAACUGGUACCUCAGCCUCGACCCCGCCAUGCGCGGCUGGCUCAAUGACAAGCGAUCCUACCUUCCCCCCGUCCAGAUCGGCGAGACCAUGCGCGGCGCCACCGUCGGCCGCGUCGUCGCCUCCAAGUCCUCCAAGGCCAAGGAGGGCGACGUCCUCCCCGUCUUCGGCGGCUGGUCCGAGUACGCCGUCCUGCACGACAGCCGCAUCGAGCCCGUCUCCGCCUUCCCCGCCGUCUCCCAACCCGUCGACUACCUCUCCGCCAUCGGCAUGACCGGCCUGACGGCCUACUUCGGUAUGCUGCGCGUCGGCGACCCGCAGCCCGGCGAGACCGUCGUCGUCUCCGGCGCCGCGGGCGCCACCGGCAGCGUCGCCGGCCAGAUUGCCAAGCUCAAGGGCGCUCGCGUCGUGGGCAUCGCCGGCUCCGACGACAAGUGCCGCUGGCUGACUGAGGAGCUGGGCUUCGACGCCGCGCUGAACUACAAGGACCCCGAGUUCAAGCAGAAGUUCAAGGAGGCGACGCCCGACUUUAUUAAUGUCUACUUUGACAACGUCGGCGGAGAGAUUCUCGACAUGGCGCUCGCGCGCGCCAAGGAGCACUCCCGCUUCGUCAUGUGCGGUGGUAUUAGCCAGUACAACUCUGCCACCCCUCAAGGCCCCAGGAACUACGCCAACAUCAUCACCAUGCGCAUCAAGAUGCAGGGCUUCAUCGUCUUCGACUUCAUCAAGGAGUACCCCCAAGCCCGCAAGGAACUCGCCCAGUGGCUCGAGGAGGGCAAGCUCAAGCGCAAGGAGACCAUCAUCAAGGGCGGCCUCAAGGCGGCCGAGCAGGCCCUGGUUGACCUGUACAAGGGCAUCAACACGGGCAAGCUGAUUGUUGAGAUCAAGAACCCCAAGGAUGCGGCUAAGUUGUAA